AUGUCGUUUUUCGGCGUGAGCUCAAACUUGAUAAAUUGCGGAACCCCUAGCACAUCUCAGCAGUCUGAGAGCUGUGACAUGACCCCGUACCAAGCUGUUCUGCUAUCUAGAGAAGUGCGCAUGCGAGGUAUUACAGCGGCCCAACAGACCUACUAUCGUCUCCAAUAUGAAUACAGCAAUGUUUACGCCGCUUACCAGCAGCUUCAGGCUGAGGCGGCUGAAAAGUCAGCAGCGAUCGAAUCUUAUUUUGAGGGAAAGGAGAAAGCAGUCCGGGACGUUUGUGAGAAGGCGGCGCAGGCCAGAGUCGUGCAAAUACAGGAGGGAGGCUCAGAUUACACGCACCCUAAAUAUGCCGCCCUUGUCGCUGGUCUUAGAGAGGACCACCGGAACGCAGUGGACGAGUUGCUGGUUCCUUACUACACCAUUGCUCAUGAGCUGGAGAACGCUGAAAAUGCCCUUUGGGCUAAACAUUCAUUGCUAACAGCAUCACAAGAAGUUCAUGUUUUGUGGACCGUUGAGCUCAACGCGGCUGAGUGGCAGUUGCAGACAAUGCCAGCAGAUACCAUGCAAUCAGCGGACAGGAACAUUGCUGAGCUCCGCCACUUAGCACAGCGAGUGGCGGAGAUCAGGAAGAAGAGGCUUUUGAAAAGGAAAAGGGAUAAGACGGUCGCGCGACACUUGGGGACACAGGAGGCGGAGACUACUAACGUCCGCAGAGCCCCCAUGCCACAGGCCCAGUACUUACCCCCAAUUGCUUUGACGAUUCCAGAGUCUGGUGUUCGUGCUUCAUCGGCUCCACCCUCUGCCCGCUCUUCUUCGGCACGUAGUAGCACUAACGCACACCAUAAAGGCAAACGGGUAGAUUUCGAUGCCAUUCCUUUACCAUCUGUGGAGAGUCGUAGGGGACCUCAACGCAGAGGCUGCCUACAAACUGAGGGUCUUGCGCGAGUCUCGAAAGCAUAUUUUGCGGCCAGUAUGCAUAUUCCAUCGAAUCGAGCUGCCGCUCGUAUACCCGCACGCAUACUCAGUGAAAAAUGCUCUAUCUGUACUGCUGUUGCUGAUAGUGUCACGAUUACCGCUGCUCGCCCUCCCCAAAUGGCGAAGCUUGCUGCGUGGUUUUUCUGCGGGCUACUUAAAGUCGAUGCGUAUCGUGUAGAGAGGUCGCUGUCCUCCAUCUGCCCCACAACACUGUCGUCAAGAUCCCCCAUCCAUCCACUAUACGGCACAGGGACUGCCUUAGGGGUAAAAGGACAAUGCGAGCCUGGUAAAGAGUUUAAAAAGUGGAAAACCAGAGUUAGUGCGAGAAACAGCUCUCCCGAUCGCCUUCUGCCCUGUUCCUCCUCCUAUGGAAAUGGGACUGAGAAUUGUGGACUCGAAAGGGACUUGAUUUUAGUUGGAAUGAGGAAGAAAGCUCAGAAGAAAACUACAAAGCCGGCAGCUUAG